GGGCGGGCCGGGGCGGCGGGUGGUGAGCGGUUGGAGGGUCGGGCUGCCCCGGGCCCGCCAUGACCUACACGGCGGAGCAGCUGGACGGCGUGCGGCGGAUAAAGAGCUGCCGGAACUACUACGAGAUCCUUGGCGUGGAGCGGGAUGCCACCGAGGAGGAGCUGAAGAAGGCCUACCGCCGGCUGGCCCUCAAGUUCCACCCCGAUAAGAACCGCGCUCCCGGAGCCACGGAGGCUUUCAAAGCAAUAGGCAAUGCUUUUGCAGUUCUGAGCAACCCUGAGAAACGAUUGCGAUACGACGAAUAUGGAAGUGACCACGAGCAUGUCAGCACUGGCGAAGCCAGGCACUAUAAUUACUACACAGAAUUUGAAGCAGACAUUACACCAGAAGAAAUAUUCAACGUGUUUUUUGGUGGGCACUUUCCAACAGGAAAUAUCCAUAUGUUCUCCAAUGUAGCCAGAGAUGCACACUAUUAUCCACGGAGGCACCGAAAUGAAAGAGCAUGGACACAGGAGCAAGAGGAAGAAGAAAACAGGCCACAGAACUCAUAUUCUGCAUUUAUUCAGUUGAUGCCCGUUUUCAUCAUCAUCGUGGUGUCGGUUAUAACUCAGCUGAUGGCCACCAACCCCCCCUACAGCCUGUUCUACAAGUCGUCCAUAGGCCACGUUAUUAGCAGAGAAACAGAGAACUUGCAGGUGCCUUACUAUGUUGAUAAAAACUUUGAGAAGAAUUAUCAAGGAGCAGAGCUUCAAGAGCUGGAGAGAACAGUUGAAAAAGAUUACAUAGACUAUAUUCAGACCAGCUGCUGGAAAGAGAAGCAGCAAAAGUCUGACUUGUCAAAUUUGGCCAAGCUGUACAGAGAUGAGCGGUUAAAACAGAAAGCAGAGUCGCUGAAACUCGAGCACUGUGAGAAGCUCUCCAGUCUGAUCGGAAUGCACAAAGGGGGCUGAGCAGGGCCUCUGUCCUUAUUUAUUGCUGUUUUAAAUUAUGUUUUUAUUUUCCUCGGUAUAAAAAGGGAAGGAGUCUAUUGCAAAGUCUGAAUACCCGAUUCCUUCGUGCUGUGCAGAGAUGGGCCAACACGAGCUGUGGAGCUGUGUUUGCUUUAAUAUACUGUACACUCUAUUUGGUUCCAAGGACCAGUGGCACUUUGUAAAUUAAUUCUCUGGGAAAUGCUAUGAGUUUGAAACGUGUCUCUUUGGUAGUCUGUCUGCCAUCCAAACAGCGUGUACUUCCAGGAGAGCAGACAAGUGUCCUGUGCUUGCUGUGUUUCCUAUGGACCUGCCGUUCGCUCGGUCACAGCACCGCUCUGUACCGGGUGCACUGACCUCGUCCUGCUGAUGCCACCUGGCUGUUCCUGCCUCUGCGGUGCUGCGUGAGGAGAUGUGGGUGAAAGGCAGCGAGUCCUGCUGCAGUCUGACCUGCAGUGCUUGAUUCGGAGUAGCUGCUUCACUACGGACCUGAGCACACUGCUGCUGCUCUCAGAGGGACCUGACUGCGCGUCCUGGGUUGGGUGGAGAGGGCUGAGCCUUGCUGGGCCUGCGAGCCGAGAGCAGCAACGCUGAAGUGCAGAGUGCAUCGAUGGCAGCGCUGCCCAGCUGCAGGGCAGGGACAGCCAUGUUCACUUCAUCCUGUGUUUCCAGUGACAUAUUUCGAAGCUGGCUGUGUAAUUCCGAUUCUUAUGGGCAAACUCCUCUGCAGCUGUUACAGGGGUCCCGCGUUUUCCGGUAUGGUUUUAAUGUAGCAUCUUUUUACUCUGUUGAACAGUUAUGAAUGUUUCAUUGUAGAGACUAGCACUGCAAAGAAAGAGAUCCGUGUA